AAAGACUUUAUUCUCUGCAAAGAAAAAUACAUUGCACCAGAAGAUAUUUGACAGUAGGAAGGUCAAAAGAUUUCUUUUUUCAAAUUUGACCAACUCAUCUUCUUAAGUGAGUUAUUUUUAAAAUCAUGGGAAGUUCUUCAGAAAACAUUGAGGAUAUAACUGAUUCUAAGCAGCAAGCUGUGUUUUUGAGAAAGAAGGUUACCUUGUUUCGAUCUGUGUCACUUUUAAUUGGCACUAUAAUAGGCAGUGGAAUAUUUAUUUCACCCAAAGGAGUUCUGAUAAAUUCUGGCAAUGUUGGGAUAUCCCUGGUGAUCUGGUUGGCUUGUGGGAUUCUCUCGAUGUUUGGAGCUCUGUCUUAUGCAGAACUUGGAACAAGCAUUAAGAAAUCUGGUGGACACUAUAUCUAUCUUAUGGAGACUUUGGGACCACUUCCAGCCUUUGUGCGAUUAUGGUGUGAAAUCAUUGUAAUCAGACCGGCAAUCACUGCUGUUGUUGGCUUGUCAUUUGGACGCUAUAUUGUUGAACCAUUCUUUGCCCCUUGCCAAGCUCCAGUUUUGGCAGUAAAACUUCUCACAGCUGCAGGAAUCUCUUUGGUGGUGUAUGUAAAUUCCUGCAGCGUGAACUGGACUGCCCGCAUUCAGGUCAUUCUCACAAUUUUGAAACUGCUGGCAAUAGGUUUGAUCAUUGUUCCAGGGAUGAUGGCCUUGGCUGAAGGGCACACUGAAAACUUCCAAAAUGCUUUCGACAGUAAUACAGUUACACUAGACAGAAUUCCAUUGGCUUUCUACUCAGGCAUGUUUGCAUAUAGCGGCUGGUUUUACAUGAACUUUGUCACAGAGGAGAUAAUUAACCCAGAAAGGAAUAUUCCUCUGGCCACUAUCUCCUCUCUACUCAUUGUUACAAAACUCUACUUGCUUGUAAAUGUGUCAUACUACACAGUAUUGACAGCAGAUGAGGUGUUAGCAUCUGGUGCAGUAGCUGUGACUUUUGGAGAGAGGACUCUGAAAAGCUUCACCCCAAUGAUUCAAAUUCUUGUUUCACUGUCAUGCCUUGGGGCAAUAACUGGAGGUCUAUUUGCUGUUUCCAGGAUGUUCUUUGUGGCUUCAAGAGAAAAGCAAUGGCCAAUUCUCUUCUCAAUGAUCCACAUUCAACGCCACACACCUCUUCCAGCUGUACUUUUAAUGUAUCCACUGAUCAUGUUGAUGAUUUUCAUUGGUGAUGUCAAUGGUUUGCUGAACUUAAACAGCUUUCCUCGCUGGUUGUUUAUCGGGCUUGUAACCCUUGGACUUAUCCGACACCGUUACAAACGGCCAGAUAUACACCGUCCAUUCAAGGUUCCAAUAAUCAUUCCUGGAAUCUUUACCGCAGUGUGCCUGUUUCUUGUAGCCAUGUCCCUUUACUCUGACCCUAUCAACACUGGGAUUGGCUGUGCUUUAAUGCUGUCUGGUGUGCCUGUCUAUUACCUUAUAGUAUGUCGACCUCGAGGACCAGCCUGGUGGAGAAAAGCACUUUAUAUUUUCACUAUCAAACUGCAGAUUUUAAUGGAGGUGGUGCAACAGGAAAUUGCGACCUACUGAGAAUCUGUGACAGAGGGCUUUCAAAUCCUUCUGCACACUCAUUAUGGAAUCACUACAAGAGUUCCUCAUUAACGCAUGUAACCUGAGAGAUAGAAUUUGAUCAUUAUGUGAUAAAUGAUCUCUCGUUAACACUAUUACAUAAAGUAAUUUUGCUGUUAACUUCACUAGUUCAAAUCUUUCGUGACUGAUUAUUUGAACUAUACAAUAGGGAGGCAGGUGCUGAUUAAAUUAGGCUUAGUUGUUAGGGAUGAAGUAUUAUUAGCACAUAUCAACAAAUUGGAGAGAAAGUAGUCAACAAAGAAAUGUGUAACCUCAAAAAGAGAGGGAAAUUGAAGCUUGUCAGUUCUCUUAGCAUUGUCAUGCAGAAUGGAUUGCUGUGAAGUACAAUGAUUGUUGGUACAUAUGCGAAAUGAUCAACUGAUUAACAACAUUUGGUGGCCCAAAAAUUGAGGCUCCAAUUUACAUCAAAACAUGAAUUAAGUUUAUUACUUAAGAGCAGAAGAGACCAUUCUUUCUAUCACACCCAUUCUAACAUGCUGUAAUAGCAACUCUCCACAUUCCACUCCCUACAGUUACACUGGAAGCCUGCAAAUAUUUUCUUUUCAAAUAAUUAUCUAAUUUUCUUCUCAAUCCAAAUUCCUCAAUUUCAUCUUCUUCCACCAGACUCUCGGGCAAUGCAUCCCAGAUCCAAACCAUUGGCUGUGUGAUAAAGCUUUUGUAUUGUUGUAAACAGCCAUGUUCUUUUGAGGCUUUUCAUUUUAUAAUGAUCAAGACAAUUGAGAAGAGCACCAAUUUAAGGGAAAACCAACUUGUAAAUGUAUGAGGAAAAAAUGCUGAUUAAUCACCAAAUGGAGUCUAAUUGCUAGAAUGUGCCAGCUAUAAUGACUGCCAAUCAACUGCCAAACUAUCUGUAAGUUUUAAACCAGGCAGGUUGACUCUAAUUGGGUAAGACAUUACCCUGAGAAGUGACCAAGCAAAUAGCUGUCAUAUAUUUUGUUGAGUUGAAAUUGCAUACUUUUUUUUAAUUCUUUCAUGGGAUGUGGGCUUCAAUGAAUUGUUCAGUAUUUAUUGCCAUCUGUAGUUGUCCUUGAGAAUGUAAUGGUGAGCUGCUUUCUUGAACUCCUACAGUUCAUUUGAUGCAGGUAUACCUACUAUGCUGUUAGGGAAAGGUUCCAGGAUUUCAAUCCAACAAUACUGAAGGAACAGCAGUACAUUUCCAAGUCAGGAUGGUGGAUGGCUUUGAAGGGAAAUUGGAGAUGGUAGUGUUUUGUAUUUGAUGCUCUUGUCCUUCUACAUUGAAGUAGUUAUAGUUUUGCAAGUUGAUACCUAAGGAGCCUUGGUGAAUUUCUGCAGUGCUUCUUGUUGAUGAUGUACAGUGUUCCUACUGAGGGUUGGUAGUGGAGGGACUGAAUGUUUGUGGAUGCGGUGCCAAUCUUGACACCUUGAUGGUGUUAACCUUCUUCAGUGCUUUUGGAGCUGUACUAAUCCAGACAGAUGGAGAGUGUUCCAUCACAUUCCUGACUUGUGCCUUGUACAAGGUGGACAGGUGUUGGGAAGUUAGAAGGUGAAUUACUCACUGCAAAAUUUCUAGCAUUUAACCCAUUCUUAUAAGCACAGUACUUGUCCAGCUAGAUCAGUUCAGUUUUUGGUCAAUGGUAAUUCACAGGAUGUUGAUUGUGGAGAAUCCAGAGAUAGUUAUGCCAUUGAAUAUUAAGGGAUGAUGCUCCAGUUCUCUCUUGCUAGAGAUGAUGGUGUUCCCAUCUAUUUAUUAGGGGAUCAACAACUAAGGGGCAUAGAUUUAAAGUCAAGGGCAGUAGGUUUAGAAGGGAUUCAUGAAAGCAUUUUUGCACCAGAUGGAUGAUGGAUAUCUGGAAAUUACUGCCUGAAAAUGUGAUUGAGUCAGGAAUUAUCAUAACACUUAGGAAGGGUUUGUAUCAUCACAAGAAUUGCUAUAGCAUACAAGGCAACAGGCCACAUUUUGGAAAAUAGGACUUGAGUAGGUAGGUGUUGAUGAUGAACCCCGCAGAAUGGGCUGAAGGGCCUUUUUCCAUGCUGUAAAUCCAUAUGACGUGAUGGUCAUUGCUGAUAUCUGUGUGUGGCAUGAAUAUUAAAUCCACUUGUUGGACCAGCCCUGGAUAUUGUCCAGAUCUUGUUGCAUUUUACAAUGGGCUGCUUCAGUGUCUGAGGAAUCAUGAAUGGUGGCUGAACAUUGUGCAAUAAUUGGUGAAAAUCCCAACCACAGACCUUAUGAUGAAGGGAAGGUCAUUAAUGAAGCAGCUGAAGACGGCUGGGUCUAGCACAUCACCCUGAGGAACUCCUGUAUACUUGUCCCAGAGCUGAGAUGACUGAUCUCCACUAAUCACAACAAUCUUCCUUUGUGCCAGGUAUAACUCCAAAUAGUAGACAGCUUUCCUCCAGUUCCCACUGACACCAGUUUUAGUAGGGCUCAUUGAUGCCACACUCAAUCAAAUGCAGCCUUGAUACCAAGAGCAGCCAAUCAAACCUCACAUACGAAAUUCAGCUUUUUCAUCCAUGUUUAAACCAAGGUCCAUGUUUGAACCAAGAUUGCAAUAAUGUCCAGGAGCUGAGUGGUUCUGGUGAACCCAGACUGAGCUACUACAGCAGAUGUAAAACUGCCACAAGCAAGUUGCUGAUGUCAAAUUGAUCUAGUGAUCUGCCUAUUACACAAAUGAGCAUUGUGAUAUAUGAUUUUUGGCACCAGUGCCAUGCCAGGUACAUAGGCAAUACAUCUCAAACACUAAUAGAACAUAUUAAACAGCCAGUCCCUGUUGUUUUCCGUAAUUUGCAAGGAAUUGGCAGUACCGACCAGCCUACAUGUGGAAUCCUGUAAGACAUUAUCCAACAUUAUACAUGGCAGCGCAAUUGGAAAAUAUUUGGUGGAUAAUCCUUAAUCACACUGACAAUCAAUUCAAAAAAAUUAAUCAAAGCCUUACAGUUAGCUGUCAAUUGUAUUUAAUCAGUGCAUUCUCCAUUGCCUCACCUCUACCAGUCACAGUUCACUUGCCAAACAUCAACUCUCCUUUCAUUCAGUAUAAAUGAAAAAAAAAUGAAUAAAUUGAAGUCCUUGCGAAUUAUCCUGAUGAAUGCAGGAUGAAAGGCCUUGACAAAAUUGUAUCUUCUUUCAGCAAUAAAAGAGUUUUUCUUCCAUAUCCAUGGGAUAGAUUUAAUGGGAUGCAGAAAUUCCCACACCAAACCCUUCUAGCGACAGUGUCAAGAUUACACACAUCCCCACUUUAGUGGGUCUCUGCAUGACUCAGAGCUAUUAGUUGUCUUGAGGUAGAACAGCUGCCACAAUUUGGGCAGGAUGGCCUGCUGUUGAGCUCUGUUAACGAAUUAAAUGGCUAAUCUCCAGCUUCUUAAUUCCACAGGAUUCUCAGAACUUCAUUAUCAGUCCAUGUCCUGCAGCACUUCCCAAGAUUCCUUUACCAACUGUCGCCUAUUGAUGGUCUUUGCCUAAUCUCUCAGGCAAAGUCUUCCGGUUCCUGUAACUUUUUGUGAUUCCUUAAUUUAUUUUAGUUAAUUUUCUCCAAAAUCAUGGACCCUUCUUUAAGGACUGCCAACCAGAUUUGGAAACAAUGUAAUCAUGGAACAGCCGUCAAUGAUGUGUUGGACCCCUGUGUUAUAGGCCUGUAGAGUCCCGUGACUCCCCAUUUUCAUGUAUGCUUCCAAAAACCUGGAUGGUCUGUUAAUUGUUUAAAAAAAAAUCAGUGGGCUGAAUCUACAUUGGGAAGCUAGACCUAUUGGGAAAUGGAGUUCUAGGCAUCUGCCUGCAAACACAUUCUGAUACCAUUUCACUUGCUAUUUAUAUGACUAUAGAAAACUUCUGUGUGCACUUGCAUGUUAGUUUCCAGUCUUUUCCCAUAUUUGACUUUUUGCUUCUCCUUACUUUUCAUUUCCUGUCAGAAUCUUUAAUGUAUGAAGCCUGGUUCUCAACUGCAUUAUCCACCUAAGAUACGUCAUAUGUGUUCUUUAUCUGCUUCAUCUUAUUCUACAUCCAUUUUGGCAUUCAGGGAACUCUGGGUUAUUUGUCCUAUAUUCACUCCUCAGGAAAAUGUACCUCAAAUAUACCUGAUUUAUCUUCUGUUUAAAAGAAUCAUUCAGUUAUAGUUUUAUUGUCUGGCCUUUGGCUUUUAUUUAUCUAGAUAAGAUCCAUUCUUACUUCAUUUAAGUUGGUCCACCCCCAAUUCAUUGGUUUAAUUCUGGAUCGCUCCUUGCUCUUUUCAAAGCCAAUCUAAACUUUAUGAUGCUGUGACACUGCCCCUAAAUGUUCCCCUGCUGGCAAUUUGAUCCAUUUGUUCCAAUUGAAUUGGUAAUAUAUUAAUGUAGAAAUUGUCUUGCUGGAUUUCUAAAACUCAUGUCCCUCUCUGCCAGUUAACAAUCACUAUCCCAGACAAUAGUAGCAUAAUUACUGCUUCCCAUUAUAAUGGCUCUAUAACAAUUGUACUUCUUUGUAAUGUCCGUUCAAAUGUGUACAACUAUAUCAUUCCUAUGUUUUGGAAGACAAUUGAAUACCUACAGUAAUAUUAGAUACUUAUAUUGUUUCUUUGCUCUAACCAAAUAUAUUCUGUCCAUGAUCACUCAAAGACAUCCUCUAUCUACAGUGCUGUCAUCUUCUUUUUCAAUACUGCUAUCUCUCCACCUUUCUUCACUUCCCUACUUCCUGCCCUCUUUGAGCCUUGUCUCUGUUAUCAUCAUGGCAUCAUAUUUCCACAUGGCUAUCUUCAGCUGCAGGUGUAAACCUCACUAUUCUUACUUAAAAUACUCCACACAUUCACAUACAAGCAUAACAAUCCUAAGAUAGAUAUUAUUACAUUCCCUCUUACUCUGAUCCAACGUAAUAAGUUACUAUUUCCUAUUCCAAUACUAUCUGUCUCUCUCAGUUGUGUAAAGAUAUUCUUCUAUAGCAUGACCUUCUGUUUGUUCAUUUCUGUUCAGUUAAACCUACUUCAAUAGCAAAUUACAACAGGCCUGACCUCUUCAGGUCACAUCCAAAACAUAUCCCAAUGUCCCAGGCACCUAAAAUGUUCCCUCCUCUACAAUCUCUCCAACCACUUACUAAUUUGCUGUGUCCUCUUAUUUCUAUACCCACUUGCAAAUGGUAGUUGGAGUAUUUACGAAUCUGUAAAUCUGGGAAACCAUUUCUAAAGUGUCUUAUUUUGUUUGAAAUAGACCUUACUCUACAUUUUUAAACUUGAUAGAUAUGGCAGGUAUCAGUCAAUGCCAGAAUAAUUUUGUCACAAACUAGAACGUGCCAUCAAAGUGGUUAUUAAACAUUAAUACAGACAAACUGGAAUGUUGAUUUUGCAUUUUCAUUAAAAUAAAAUUGAGCAUUACUGAAGUGUUUCCUUGCAUUUUUGAGUCAAUUCAAAACUGGUAGGUACAAGUAAUUCCCAGGAUAUUUUGGGAUAGAAAAGUGUCCAAUAAAUAAACCUGACCUUACGAACCACUUUAAAAUUAAAAAGUCUUUCAAUAGUUGUAUACGUGUAAUUCAGAAACGCAUAAACGUACUUGUGUUCAUGCUGGUGAUGGAGGAAAUGUCAAUUGACAGGAAGAGGAAUUUACACAUUUCAAUUUGGGAAUACCAAGCUUCAAAAUUGUCUGCAUCCUUAAAACGAUGACAACUCAGUAACAAACCAGGAAGUAGAUUGAUGGCCUAUAGCUGCAUUUAGAAUUCAAAGGCUUUAUUACAAUUUUGUUAACUAUUACUUGCAGGUUAGAAUGUUGCAGCAGAAUUUUUCUUCGUUUCUGCUCUGGAUAUGAAUUGGGACUUACUGUUGUUAAAUCCUAGCUAUUUCAUGUCAUAACGUUACAUAGGUACACUUCUCACCUUACACCAGUGCACAACACUCAUUUUGUCUUUUCUCAUUUGCUGGAAUACACUAACAAUCUCCUUCCUCUCCCCUUUAGGUUAGCCUGGUAUUUGUUUCAUAAGGCAUUUGGCUUGUAAGGGCAACUUGGAAGCUUUGGGAUAGUUCUGCCCACUGGUAUACAAAUUAUUGUCUCUGCAUGGAACGAGUCAGUUGUUCUAGCUUUUUGCUAGUUAGUCAAUUCUACAGUUUAUAGCUGUGUACAAUAGAUCUACUUACUAUCUCUUAUGAAACAACAGUGUCUCCUACCUAAUGUUGAUGUAGUUAACCUAUCUAAAGUUAAUGUACCCUGUUAUCUUACUAUUAUAUAAUAAACUACAGCUUGUUACUCAA